AUGCUGUUCGCCGACCGCUUCCGUGCGCGCCGCCCGCUGAGCGAGGCGCUGUACGGGCCCGUGGGGCUCUACGAGGACGCGCAGCGCGGCGACGAGCUGGUGGCCAUCAAGCAGGUGUCGCUGGUGCGCGCAAUGGCGGCGCUGCGCCGCAGCCGCAACGUGGACAACCCCUGGAGCGAGCACCGCGUGGUGGCGCGCCUCAUGGCGCUGCCGCCGCACCCGAACGUCGUGCGCUUCCGCGGCGAGUUCCUGCACGCGCAGGACACGUGGUGCGUGGUCAUGGAGUUCUGCCCGGGCGGCGACCUGUGGGACCUGCUGGAGGCCGCGCCCAAGAACCGCCUGCCCGAGCGCGAGGCGCUGCAGCUCUUCGCGCAGUGCGUGCGCGGCGUGCGCUUCCUGCACGCGCACGGCAUCGCGCACCGCGACCUGUCGCUGGAGAACGUCUUCUACUGCCGCGGGACGUGCAAGAUCGGCGACUUCGGGCUCAGCACGGACGAGCCACUGCGCGGCCGCGGCGAGGCCGUGGGCAAGGCCUACUACAUGGCGCCCGAGGUGGUCAACCAGGAGGCGUACGACGCGUUCGCGGCCGACAUGUGGUCGCUCGGCAUCAUGCUCUUCAUCAUGCUCACGGGCUCGCCGCUCACGUCCAGCGCGUCGCGGCAGAACCGCGCGUUCGGCGCCUUCUGCGAGAUGGGCGUGGCCAAGGUCAUCGACUCGUGGGGGCUCGCGUCCAGCGUGUCGCCGGCCACGACGACGCUGCUGGACAAGCUGCUCAGCCUCACGCCGAGCGAGUGGCCCACGGCCGACAAGCUAGCAGGGCUUCUGGGAUUGGAAGGUGUUGAAGUAGGAUCGAAUUCUCCAUGUGAGUGA